CUGGGUCUUAUCUGCCAUGUCUCAACGAAAAUUGUCCUCAGGAGCAGCAGUGUCUGCUCAACCUGCUUGCCUGUCUGAGCAAUUGGCUUUGAGGCCCCCACGAAGGAACCCCAGCUACCUCUCUGGCCUUUAUCAGAACAUGUUGCAAGAAGAAGCCCAGCGUGAGGAGCAGAAGAGAUACCCACCAGUUCACAGCAGCAUCAGCCUCCUGAAUAUUUCAGCCAGUGAAAAGCUGCAAGACAGACAUCUGCAGAGCCCUGUGGUUGCAAGCUGUGACCCACACCUUAGGCCCAUCAUGCGCCGCCGGGCCAGGUCCUUGCCAAGCUCUCCGGAGAGGAGGAGAAGCAUGACAGCACCCUGCCGUGUUCCUGGGUGCAACACUGGCAGAAACCGAGUGAGGUUUGCAGAUGCAUUAGGCUUGGAGCUGGCUGAAGUGAAAGUCUUCCAAGCUGGGGAAGACCCAUCCAUCCCUCUGCAUGUUCUCUCUCGCCUCUCCAUCAAUUCUGAUCUUUGCUGCAGCAGGCUAGACCUGGAGUUCACCAUGCAGUGCCUGGUGCCUGAUUUCAGGCAACCUGCUGACUGCGAGGAGUUCCUCAGUCGCCUUCAGCAGCAGAAAGUGUGCCUUGAACGAGUGACCAGUUCAGAUUUGGGUCUGAAUGGCACCAUCAGAGUCAUCAACCUUGCCUUUGAAAAGCAGGUGGCUGUGCGCUAUACCUUUAACCACUGGAGGGGCCAGCAUGAAGUUGCUGCUCAUUGGCAUAGCAGUCUUCCUGGCAAGGAUGGGCAGGAUCAAGUGGAUGUCUUCACCUUCUUCCUCCCUCUUCCCCCUUUCCUCCUCCAGCUCAGCUCUGUGGUUGAGUUUGCAGUGUUCUUCCGAGUCAGUGGGCAGGAGUAUUGGGAUAAUAACCAAGGCAAAAACUAUAGCCUCACUUGUAGGAAUCACCCACUUAAAAUGCCCAGGGAAUGUGAGGAGAGCUGGAUCCACUUUAUUUAAGUAAAAGAAGAAAUACAGAAGAGUUACAGCCUUCUUGCUGUUGCUAGUCCUGUGUUGUCCUUUGGCACUUCUCUUCUUCCUGAUACACCAAAGAAGGCCUUCAGAGUGGCAACGAUCCUUCAGAAUGAAUUAAUAUAUAUAUACCAGUGGUCUCCACAAAAAAGAGUUAAGGAAAGAUGAGUUUUUUUAAAGAGAUAAAGGGCCAUAAUCUUCAGCACUGAUUCAUAGCCAAGUAUUGACUUAACACCUAGAUUUAAUCAAUAUGUAUUUUUUUGUAUGUGUCUAUGUGUUUUAUGUAUGAAAGCAUGUGUAAACAACAGCAGAAAGGACACUAUCAGGGAAAACAAGCCAAUUUCUGUUGUUUUGAUUAAUCUUUGUGAUAGAUGAGACUAUAUAGAGAGUUUGGAUAUUUAAAAUGUAGUUAUUUUUGCAAUCAUUGAAGCUGUAGAUUUGCACUUCAGUCAAUGCACUUUUGCACUUUGUUUUUAUUUGAUAUAAUUUUUAAUAGGUAAAGUACGGGCAGUGUGAUUUUGCUCCUUAGCAGGAAAAAACCUCCAGUGCUGCAUCAUUUUUAGGCAGUGGCAAAAUAUUGCAGGGCCAGGUUGUAAAAAGUGAUGGUGAUGAGUAUUAUAAUGGUCUAAGUGGAAAUAUAUUUGCAGACACUGCAUUUUAUAAAGCAGUGGUUCUCAACCUGUGGGUCCCCAGGUGUUUUGGCCUACAACUUCCAGAAAUCCCAGCCAGUUUACCAGCUGUAAGGAUUUCUGGGAGUUGAAGGCCAAAACAUCUGGGGACCCACAGGUUGAGAACCAGUGUUAUAAAGCAUACUGGCAGACUAGUGCCCUAUUCAUGAAGCAUUCAGGUCCUCAAAAAUGGAAAAAUUACAUGUGAAACAUUUUGUUGCUCAGGGUAGAGCAACUAUGCUGUUUACAUUUGAAGGAAAAGUUCCUUUCCUUGCUGGUUAAAAGCAAAGCACACUUAUAGAUGAAAAAUAACACACUAGGUUGUUUACCUGAGUAAAAUAAAGUUUUGCUCUUUUGUACUGUAUUCCAUUUGAGGUUAUCAGAAUAGGUUAUGUGAAUCACUGUCUCCAGCUGUGUAUUACUCACCUAGAUUGCUGUAAAUUGAAAUAAAGGAGUGAGCCUUUUAUGCACUGAUAUAAUCACCAAGAGUUGAGGAGCUCAUGCUUGAUUUCAAAAAAGAAAAUAUUAUCUGAGAUGCUUGAGUAAAAGGUGGAAGAUAUAGGCACUGUUACUAAUGAACUAUAGCUAAAUGGUUUUCUGAUGGUAGCUAUUUGAUUCUUUUGCAGCAUAACAACUAAAUAUCAUGUAACCUGUUAAGAACUAAUAAUUUAAGUUGACAU